CACUUUUUCCGAUUACAUCGAUACUUUUUAAAGAAGGCAAACACGAAGGCACUUGAGUCGCAGAACCAACACUCGGAGGGUGACUUAAAAAGUACACUGAGGCCAGUAAGCCAAUAAGGAGACAGAACCCGCUUCACGAGAGAGAAAGGAGCAGAGAAUGUCCAGAGCUGACUGGACCUACCUGGAGCGACUGCUGGAGGAGGGACAGGAGUAUUCUACAGGCAUUGGGCGUAUUUGGCUGACCGUACUCUUCCUUUUUCGCAUUCUGGUAUUGGCAACUGCCGCCGAAUCUGCCUGGGAUGAUGAACAAGCUGACUUUGAGUGCAACACCAAACAACCUGGCUGCACCCCUUGGUGCUAUGACAGAGCCUUUCCCAUCUCCCACUUUCGCUACUUUGUCCUCCAAAUUAUCUUCGUCUCUACCCCGACCAUCUUCUACUUUGGAUAUGUGGCUAUAAGGGCUAGGGAUGACACGAAAGAAAAGGAGGAUAAGGAUGAGACGCAGGCAGAGGUAGGCCAAGGUGGAACUUCAGAAGAGAAAGAGAAACCUGAGGAUGGUGGGAAAGGCAGAAAAGCUGACAAGGCUCCUCCUGAGGCUCCCAAACUGAAAGGCAGGCUGCUCUGUACAUAUGCAUUCAGCAUCCUUGUAAAAGUCCUCCUAGAAGUUGGCUUCAUUGUAGGGCUGUGGUUGCUUUAUGAUGGCUUCAUCAUUGCAGCAAGGUUUGAGUGCAAGGGGUUCCCUUGUCCUCAUACGGUGGACUGCUUUGUCUCGAGACCCACAGAGAAGACAAUAUUUACCAUCUACACUCAGGUGAUAGCUGCUAUCUCCGUGCUCCUCAACCUCUUGGAGCUCUUCCACCUCCUUCAACUAGCCAUCUCCCACUGGCUGGAGAAACACUAUCACACACAGAACCAGGAUUACCUACCGCGGGCUGAGCAGGUAGCUCUACCCGCGGUAGGUAACACAACACAAGAAGAAAGUCCAGAACUGCAAACUGAGAUGCCACAGAAUUACAAUGCAGGGAGCCAUGUUGACCUCCCCAUCCAGGGUGAGGCUACAUGCUACUCCAAUCCCUGUGAGAGCUACGGGGAUUCUGCUAUAGAGGUGAACUGGGGACCUGACGAGGCUGGGAGUGAUGUACUUCCCAGUUAUAUGAACUGCAUGGGGGCUAUGAGGACAACACAUUCCCCUAGAGCCCAUCAAAAGAAACGCGCACACCACACUGGGAAAAACACUAAGGGUGCUCAUAAAGGACACUUAAAGCAGAAGCAUUACGUAUGACGGAUCGGGUAGUGUGUUUAUGACUAUAACAGCUCCAGUCUCCUAGCUUUUUGUAAAUACUAUCCUGCACAUGACACUUCAGGAGUGAACGGUGAGACCUCAAAUGAGGGAGAAAUAAGAAAGAACAACUCUAACACUGUGAACUUCACGCCUCAGAGGCAGGCAGACAUUCAAACUGAGAUUUUCCAGAUAAACUGACCUAUUCGAAACAUUUUGAGAACACUCCCUAAGGCAAAGAAAGUGACACAAUUAUAGAAGAUACAGUCAUAAGAUGCCUUCGUGUUAUGUUUAAUGGCUUUUAGUAUUGAGUGUGACAGUGGGAAAAAACCCUGCGAAGGGGGUCUGCGGAGCGGCAGAGUGUUUGUGUGUAUGGGAGAGUUUGCAGCAGAGUCACAUUUAAGCAUAUUCCUCUGAGAUUUGCACUGUAACCCCUGGAGUUCUUUGAAACCUCUCGCUAUUUCUGUGUUCACACUGUGGAAUGUACUGGUCGCUGGUUCCUGCUCAGUUCCCAAGAGGAUAAUGGCUGCGUGGAUGCAAGCACGCAUGCAUGCACACACACAAUGUACUUUUCCCCCUUUCACCCAGUGAGUUUAGGUCACUGGAAGUGGGGUUAUGGACUGGGGAAGACUUAGAUUUAGAGGAGAGCCAAACCAUGAGAAACCCUGGAUUGUAAAUGAUUUUUUAUCAACAGUGACCAAAGCAUUUUUUGCUAUGAAGACGGAGAAAGAGGGGACCACUGCCAGAGCGGAGUAAUGGAGCAAAGACAAGCAUCCACUUUGGAAUUCAAACCUUUUAGAGAGCUGGAAAGAUGCAUUAGUAAUUGAACAUUGAAUGCACUGAAAGCGGUACAGAAAUGUGCAAACUUAAUGAAAGGAACUAUGUGAAAACUGUAUUUAAUGUUUAAAGCAUUGUCAGCAAAUAGCAGUGCAAAUAUUUAUUAUUUUGUGUAAAAUAAAGUUAUAUAUAUAUAUAAGAUCA